AUGGCUGGUGUAUUGACAAGAAAUAAAUCAAAAUGUUUAAUUUUUGGAGAUGCUAAAGAACUUAGUAAUAAUGUACUACCAACUUAUGAAGACGUUAUGCAAUAUUAUUUAUAUGUAAAACAUCAACUUAAACCCGAUAUUACUUCAAAAGAGCCAAGUGUAAGCUCUAUAGCUGAAAUUGUAGCAACUAAUAUAGAAAAUAUAUGGCACAAAGCAUCAAUUCCAAUAGUAUCACACACGCGAGUAUUACAAUUAAUUAAAACGUACCAUGACAAGUAUCGGAAUAUACUAAAGUCAGCGAAGGGCAGGGGAUAUUGUGAGACGUAUAAAAAAAAAGUGGAAAAACUCCAAACUGAAGCAAGAAGUAGUCUUUUUGACAUUGCGGCAUGUAAAUGUAUUGAUUUUAGUACUUGUACAUGUGAAAAAUCUCGAAAAGUUCCACAUAUUGAACAAAUAUUUAUUAAAGAUCAAAGAACAACCAGAAAAAUGUUUAUAUCUUUAGUUGACAUUUCAACUACUAAAAAGUUUCAAAAAAAAGCUAUAAGAAAAGAAGUUGAUGCAAAUCGAAUUGAAAGGCAUAAGUUAUUAGAAACUUAUGAUAAAUCUAAAUUAGAUGAAGUUAAUAUUGAAUUUGAUGAAUCUGUUGAAAUUAAUGAUGAAUAUAAUAAUUCUGACGAAGAUUUUACAAUAACUUCAAAACCAUCAACAUCGUCAUCUAAUAUAAAAAACUCACAGAUGAGACUUAAGUUACCGGCUCUAGCUUUGGCUUGCGAUAGAACUGGAAUUUCAGAUGGAUCAGCUGCUAAAAUUGCAAGUGCUGUACUUCAGGAUAUUGGUAUUAUUUCAGUCGAUAAUAAAAACAGUGUUGUAGAUAGAAUGAAAGUCCGAAGAGCAAGAGAAAAAAAACGUUUAGAUUUACAAAAACUAGAAAAUGAACUUAUUUUAGGAUUAUAUUUUGAUGGGCGUAAAGAUAAAACUAUAAUAAAUCAUCAAGAGGGAACUAAAUAUUAUAGAAAAAUUAUCACUGAAGAACAUAUAUCACUUAUUCAAGAACCAGGAUCGAAAUACAUUGGCCAUACAACACCAACAAGCGGAUCUGCUUUAGAAAUUAAAAAUAGUAUUAUUCAUUUUUUGGAAACAAAUAAUUUAAGUACUUCACAAAUUAUUGCAAUUGGUUGUGAUGGCACAGUUACCAACACCGGUUUUAAAACAGGAGUAAUUCGUCAAAUAGAAGAAUAUUUAAAAAAACCUCUGCAGUGGCUUGUUUGUUUACUCCAUGCUAACGAGCUUCCCUUGCGUCAUUUAUUCAAUCACCUAGAUGGGAAAACAUCAGGGCCAAUUGGAUUUUCCGGAUCACUAGGCAAACAAUUAGAAAUAUGUCACAAACUUCCAGUAGUUAAAUUUGUUCGUAUUGAAGGCAACUUACCUUUUUUAAAAAAUGAAGUUGAUUUAAGCAGUGAUCAAAAAUAUUUGUUUGAAAUAUGUCAAAGUAUUUCUAGUGGUAAGUGUAGUAUUGAUUUAUCUAGAAGAAAUCCAGGGAAGCUAGCCCACUCUAGGUGGCUUACUACUGCAAAUCGAAUUUUACGUCUAUAUAUUAGUACGAGUUCUCCAACAGAAAAUUUGAAAAUUUUAACAGAAUUUAUUUUAAAAGUGUAUGGUCCCAUGUGGUUUCAUAUAAAAAUUAAUCCAUUUUGUAUAUCUGGAUCAAAACAUCUUUGGAGGACCAUAAAAUUUUCACGGUAUCUACCUAAUAACUUAUUAAAAAUUAUUGACCCUGUUAUUCAACGAAAUGCGUAUUUUGGCUCACCUGAAAAUAUACUGAUAUGUAUGUUACUCGAUAAUCGUUACGCCAUCAGAAAAAAAGCUUUGUCCAAAAUUAUUAAUGCUCGGCAGAAUAAAAAUGAUCAAUCGAUUCGCUCUUUUGAAAUCCCACCGUUAAAUUUUAAUGCUACAGACUACGUUGAACUAAUUGAUUGGGGAAAAACUCAAGUCACUGAACCUCCACUUACAUCAAACAUUGAUCAAGACACCUUAAGACAGAUUGUAUUAAGUCACAAGAAGAACACCUUAGAAAUUUUUUAUUUACCUUGUCAUACACAAGCUGUUGAAAGAAGCGUAAAAUUAGUAACAGAAGCAUCAGCAGCUGUAUGCGGACAAGCUAGAAGGGAUGGUGUUAUAAGGGCUAGGAUUGAGUCUCGUAGGAUUAUGCCUCAUUUUAAUUCCAAAAAAUAUUUUCAAUUUAAUUAA